AUGCUUACUUCUUUUCUUAUGCAAUUUCAAAAUACUUUUCUUUCCUUCUUCUUCUCGAUUAUAUUUAUAACAGUUUUUUCUUCCUUUCUUUCUUCCUUCCUUUUCUUUCUUUCUUUCUUUCUUUUUUUCUUUCUUUCUUUCUUCCUUUCUUUCUUUCUUUCUUUCUUUCUUUUUUUCUUUCUUUCUUUCUUUCUUUCUUUCUUUCUUUCCAAUCAUUUUAACGCUUUCUUUUUCUUUUUCUCUUUAACAAUUUCUUUUUUUUUUGUAGUGUUUAAGACAUUCUUUCUUUUUUUUUGUUUCUUUUUAAUUCUCUUCUUCAACGCUUUCAAUUUUUCUUCCUUUCUUUCUAAUACAUUCUUUCUUCCUUCCUUUCUUUCUUCCUUUCUUUCUUCCUUUCUUUCUUCUUUCCUUUCUUUCUUUCUUCCUUUCUUUCUUUCUUUCUUUCUUCCUUUCUUUCUUCCUUCCUUUCUUCCUUUCUUUCUUUCUUUCUUUCUUUCUUUCUCAAUUGAACAAUUUAAGACAUAUUUUUCUCCCUGUCUUAAACAAUUUAAGACAUGUUUCCUUUCUUUUUUCUUUCUUUCUAAUACUCUAGUUUUAAAAUUUAAGACUUCAUUAUUCUUCUCUAUAACUAUGUCUAUUUUCUUUCUCUUAUUCUUUUCCUUCAUACGUUUAUUCUUUUUUUUUAUAAUCUCCUUCUUUUCUAUUCUUUUUCUAUUAUUCCCUUUUAAGUCCUUUCUUCCGUAUUUUUCUUUUCUGUUUAUUCUUUUUCAUUCACAUCUGUGCUUUCAUUUUUCUCUUUUUUUCCCUUUUCCUUUUUCUUUUUUCCCCCUUCGCUUCUGCUUUUUCUUUUUUUCUUUGCCCUCUUGUUUACAAUAUUUACUGUCAAUUUUUCACCAUCUUUUUCCUUCUUUUCUCUCUUUUUUUUCUUUUGGCGCCUUUCUUCUUCCUUCUUUCUACUCCUCUGUUUUUUUCUUCUUUCGACUUCUUUUGCUUCUACUCCUCUUUUUCUCAUUCUUUAUCCUUUGUAUCUUUCUUUUGUAUUAUUAUCUCCUUUUUGAGUUUCUUAAUGGCCACACCACCAUUGUUCAUUUUGUCUCUUUUCCUAAGUUUCUAUCUAUCUUUUUCUCUCUUUCUCUCUCUCUUCAAAAUCUUUUUUCGCAAUCUGGAAGACAGAAAGGGAAUGAAACAAAGUUGUUAAAGCUUUCUCCUUCAUUUUGUUUUAUCUUUCUAUCUUACUCACCCACAUUUUCGAUCGUACAUUCUCGGCUCCUUUGUCGCUAUCCAUUAUUUUCUUUCGUUUUAUAUCUUUCAUACACGGACUCUUUCUGUCUUUCAUAUUUUUCUUUCUUCUUCUUUCACUGUUCCUGCUAUCUGUAUCCUCUCUCUCUCUCUCUCUCUCUCUCUCUCUCUCUCUCUCGACCUUAUUUUCGAUCGUCUGUCUGUCUCUUUCGCUAUCAUUUUCUUUCUCUUUUCAUGCUACCAAUUUAUCUUUCUUUCUUUCUUUUUCUUUCUUUUUCUUUUUCUUUUUUUUUCUUUCUUUCUUUCUUUCUUAUCUAUCUCUUUCUCUCUCUAGCUAUUUUAUAUCUAUUUACUUAUUUUUCUUCUCUAUCUCUUCGCGCCUCUCGAGAAGGAUUAAGGCAAACUAACGGACCCACGACCGCUGUCUGUAAUCUUAAACCUUACGAUCGGUUCUGA